CUCAUUCUCUCCCACUUCGUCGCUCAAAUUCUCCCUAAUUUCACCUGCAAAACCCUAGUUUUUCGUUGAUUCGUUUCGUCUCCGGUGUAAAAUCAAAUACUAUCUUUAGAAACGAUCAGAGAAGAUAGAAAUGGCUCCCGAAGGUCCCAAAGGAAGAAAAAAUAUUGGAUUGAGGCGUGAGGAUGCAGCACGAGACCGCAUGAAAGAGUUUGGGUUUAAGAAGCCUGUUAUCAAUGCGAGUAUCAAGCAAGUGCUAAAGGUGUAUGGUGAGGACCAAUGGUUUCUGAUUGAAGAUGCUAACUAUGAGGUCUCCUUAAUAUUUCCCUUAAAAAGCAAGAGGAACAAGCCUACCGAUUGGCGGCCGAGGAACACGAAGAAACAGCUCAGGAAGAACCAGAAGAAGAAAAGCUUUUCAAUUCGUAGAAGCACCACCAGUAGAUUAUGCACACCAUUCUGUUGGAGGUGCGCAGAGUUCUCACUGUGGAUGGCUAAGCAGUGAGGAGGAGACAGAUCCAGAUAAGGAUAGUGAUGAGAUGAUUCAGCUAACUCCAGAACCUCUCUGUGAAGAACUUGAAGAGAUUCUCAGAGAAGUAUAUGGACAGAAGAAGUUGAAGUACAACUAAAGUAGUCAUAAGCUCAUGUAACUAAAAUUGAUAUAUAUUGGAGUUAGAGUUAAAAAACUAGCAAGUAUAGUGAGAGAGUAAGCUCAUCUUCACAUGAUCUUGCAAUACGGUUGUGUCUUAACUAACGAAUAAGAGUGCACUUAAUUUUCAUUGAAUAGCACAGCACAAGUGAGACUCUCUUCUCUCGGUCGUCAUCGUUAUUCUAAUGAUUUGCCGACACAAGAGAGGCGAUCUUUCGUUAAUUUGGUUUGACAUGACGUAGCCUACCACAUGUUCGACGAAAUUCCGAAACCAGCUUUCUUU